AGGAGGGCUGGCUCCAGUAUGGGCGCCAGGGACACCCGCGGCUUCGGCUCUGUACCCAGAUCAGGGCGCACAGGGACUGGAUUCUGCCGCUGCUCCCUCCACCUCUGCAAGUGGGGCUGGUGUGUGGGUUUGUCCACGGUGGAAAUGGACCACAGGAGUGAAGAUGCCAGUCCAGCGCCACAUCACAGCUUGUCCAAUGAGACAGCUCAGGACCCUGGAACCAGCCUGGGGGAGCCGGACCAGCAGAAUGUGGUGAAGCGUGUGGUGGCCUUGCCCCUCGUCAGGGCCACAUACACAGCCGUGUCUGGUGCUUACAACACAGCCAAGGACAAACACCCACUGCUGGGCUCAGCCUGUCGUCUGGCUGAGCACUGUGUGUGCAGUGUGACUACCUGCGCCCUGGACCAUGCACAGCCUCUGCUGGAGCACCUGCAGCCCCAGUUGGCCACAGUGAAUGAUCUUGCCUGCAGGGGACUAGACAAACUGGAAGAGAAGCUACCAUUCCUGCAGCAGCCGUCGGACGUGGUGGUGACCUCAGCCAAGGACGCAGUGACCAACAGCGUCACAGGCAUGGUGGAUCUGGCACAGCGGGGCCGGCGCUGGAGCGGGGAGCUGAAGCGCUCCAUGAGCCAGGCCAUGGACAUGGUGCUGGGCAAGUCGGAGGAGCUGGUGGAUCACUUCCUGCCCAUGACCGAGGAUGAGCUAGCUGCCCUGGCUGCUGAGGCCGAGGACCCAGAAGUGGGCUCUGUGGAGGAGCAGAGGCGGCAACAGGGCUACUUUGUGCGUCUGGGAUCCCUGUCGGCGCGCCUCCGCCAUCUGGCCUAUGAACACUCUUUGGGGAAAUUGAGGCAGAGCAAACACCGCACCCAGGACACUCUGGCCCAGCUACAGGAGACUCUGGAGCUGAUCCACCGUAUGCAGAACGGGGCAAACCCCACUCCCACUCCCUACCCCCCAAAGGCGCAGGAGCUAUGGGAGGACUGGAGUCCAUGGCCAGAGAAUGGGCGCAGACACAGCCAGGUGGAGCUAGAGACGCUGGCCCUGUCUCGAAGCCUGACUCUGGAGCUUCAGAGGGCAGUGGACGCUCUGGCUGGUUGCGUGCUGGGCCUGCCACCUGGUGCCCGGGCCAAGGUGGCAGAGGUGCAGCGAAGCGUAGAUGCCCUGCAGGCCGCCUUCGCCGACGCGCGCUGCUUGCGGGAUGUGGCUCCGGCUGCUCUGGCCGAGGGCAGGGGCCGAGUAGCCAGGGCGCACGCCUGCGUUGACGAGUUGCUGGACUCAGUCCUGCGGGCCAUGCCCCUGCCCUGGCUCGUGGGGCCCUUUGCUCCGGUCCUGGUGGAGCGGCCUGAGCCCUUGGCAGACCUGGACGCCUGCGUGGAUGAGGUGGUGGGCGGCCCCGACCCGCGCUGGGUGCACAUGAACUGGCCGGCCCAGCAGAAAGCCUGGGAGGCCGAGCAUGCAGAACCGCGGGCGCCCCAGAGUAGCCCGCCCAAGCACAGGCUGAUGCCUGAGCUGGACUUCUAACCACCGAGGCCCCCUGCUGCCCCCUGGUGGUCAUAUGACCGCGCUCACCGCAGGUAACUCCUGUGACCUGUCCCCACCUUCAAAAGUGGUACACAGCUGUCAUGGCAGCACUUGAGAGGCUGAAGCAGGAGGAUUGAAAUUUGAGACCAGCUUAAGUUGCCUUAGCAAG